CGAAUCUGUAGUUCUCUGCAGUAUAAAAAAAGCUAGUUUUGUCAAGGAGUCUAGUUCAAGACAAGAGGGGUGAGAUGAAUCCCUCUGCCCUAGCCCAGUCUGCCCCCCUGCUCCCAAGCCUGGACCCCGGGGGGACGGUGAAGCUGGGGGGGUCCGACAUGGAGCUGCAGAAGAUGCUGAUCGACGAGCGGAUGAGAUGUGAGAACCAUAAGACCAACUACCAGACACUCAAGGCUGAACAUACCAGGCUGCAGGAUGAGUUUACCCGGGGGCAGGUGGACCUGAAGCGUCUCCUCAGUGACAAGCAGACUGUCCAGGAGAAACUGCAGCUGCUGCUGGCUGAACUCAGAGGAGAGAUGCUGGACAAGACCAGGGAGCUGGAGGAGCUACGACUACAGGUGCUGACCCCCCAGCGGUUGGAGCUGUUGAGGGCCCAGGUGCAGCAGGAGCUGGAGGGGCCUGUCGGAGAGCGCUUCAACAAACUAGAGGAGGAGACUGAGAAGUACAGGUCUGAGUAUAACAAGCUGCGGUACGACUACACCUUCCUGAAGUCUGAGUUUGACCACCAGAGAGAGGAGAGCGCUCGCAUACUGGAGGAGAAGAAGAUCCGCUUUGAUGCUGAGGUAUCACGGCUGGAAAGGGACAGAGAGGAGCUGAUGGCCCAGUAUCAGGGCACAGACCCGUCUAGAGAUGGGAAACGCGUGGAGUCUCUGCUGAGAGAGAAGGCCCAGCUCCACCUGCGUCUGAAGGGCCUGGAGGCUGAGGUGGCUGAGCUCCGGGCACAGAGGGACAACUCAGGCCAGCAAGCCGAGAACGUGCAGCGCAUCCAGGUCCGCCAGUUCGCAGAAUCCCAGGCUGCAGCCAAGUCUCUGGAGGCAGAGAGGCAGUCACUGCGCCUGCAGUUGGAGCGUCUGGGGAGUGAGUUGCAGCUGAGUCAUGAACAGAACACCCAGCUGACCGGCAGACUACACAAGGCUGAGAGAGAGGUCAACACUCUCACCAGCCAGAUGGAGGGCAUGAGGCACUCCCACAAGCUGGAGGUGGCCAAUGUGAAGCUGGAGUGUGCCAGGUCUAGAGGGGAGGUGGAGAGGGAGAGAGACACACUACAGGGACAAAUGGAAGGUAUGCAGUCUGAUGUGGAGGUGUUGAAGGGGACGGUGGAGAGACAGAAGGAGGUGCUGGCUGAGAGGGAGAGGGAUCUCGUCCGGAGGGUGCAGGCCGCUCGCGAGGAGGAGUUCCACAAAACCGCUACCGUGCAUGAGGAGAAGUUGGUGCUGGAGGAUCGUCUGGCUGAGCUGGAGCAGCAGAGGGCGCUGCAGGAUGCUGCUGCCAAUGCCCAGAAAGAGGAGUGGGAGGAGCGUCUCCGUGGCGCCCAGCUGGGGGAGGAGUCUGCCCGUAAGGAAUUGCAGAACCUCAGGACUAAACUGCAGCAGCAGGGCUCUCAGCUGGAGGAACUGGAGAGACAGAAGACAGAGAAUGCUGACCUGAGACAGCAGAACCACGAGCUGGGGGUGCAGCUGGGGACGUUGUCCCACUCCGAGGCUGAGCUUCUGGAGGCCAACCAGCGUCUGAGGGACACCCUGGAGAGGGCCCGGGAGGACCUGAGGAGCGCCCGCUCACAAGCUGAGAGGACCCAACACGAAGCAGAGAGAUUGGUGGAGGAGCGUCGUGUGGAGUGGUUAGAGGAGAAACACAAACUGCAGGAGAUGGGUGCAGAGCUGCAGGAGAAGUACGGCCAGGCUAAGGAGAAACUACAAAGGGCCGCGCUGGCACAGAAAAAGAGGAAAAACAUGACCGAGAACAAGGAGAAGAGAUACCAGGAUAAGAUCCAACUACUGGAGGCUAAGAUGGCAGAGCUGGAGCUACAGACCAGCUCAGCCAAUAAGCGUCCCUCCUACACAGAGGAGCAUGCCCACCUCAACAGACGACUGAAGGAGCUGCAGCGCCGACACAGCGAGUUCCGACGCCUCCUAUUGGGCAACCAGGUGACCUCUGCCACAGGCCCCGCCCUCAUGACCUCCACCCCCGGCCUCGGCCCUAUCUCCAUCCUCGUACCCGGGUCUGAGGGGCCUAGCCUUCACGAGGAGCAGCACCAGAGAGAGUUAUCACUGCUGCGUCGGAGGCUGGAGCAGUUAGCCUGUACUCAGCAGCAGCAGAUGGAGGAACUGGGGCCUCCCAUGGACAGGAGCAGGGGCUCUGGCCUGCACGACUCUUGCCCUGAUCUCUGACCUCCCCACUCGGACCCCCAGAGAGUGAGCUUGACCUUCACCAUAAACUAUGAGAUAUAGGAUUUAUUACUCCCUAAAAGUGUGAUGUUUGGUGAUGUAUGAUCCUAUUCUAAUUGAAUCAGUGAGAUCUCAAAUAUUAUAUUAACAACAUUUAGAUUUUAUUGGCACAAAACGUAUCAAAUGUAAAGAGAAAGAACUACAUGCAUUCAAUGUUUACAUUCCUUGGUGAGUAACGGUACUGGAGUCCUUCCAUGCCUUGACUGUUGAUGCCUAUGUAAAGAAUGAUUUCAAUGGCUAACAAGUGACUUCCUCAGAGUUUUAAUUGACUGUUGUGAGAUUUGUAUCAAAUGUUUACACUAAGGCCAUCACUCUGAAACUUUAAAAGCGUGAGUCCCAAAGGCAUUCUGGCUGAACAAGAAAUGGUUUUAUGUGUUAAAAAAGGUUGGGUUAAUGGCUCUAAAGAGCUGUGACUUGCACAACAUUUAUACAACUUUUUUGUAAUGUUAUUUCAAGAUGUGUGUUUUUGUAUUUGCAAUUCAUACAAAUACAUUUUUAUGACUUUCUUGUGUGAA